AAAUUUUCAAGUCCAUUUAGAGAUUUCUUUACUUUUUUUUUAAAAAAAAAAAAAGUAUUUAGUUCUUUUUAUUUAAUCAAGCUCAUUCAUCCUCCAGGAUGAAAUUUAAAAGGCAUCCUCCGCAUUGUGAAGCAAUUAGGGUUUCAUCCUCCGCAUUGUGAAGCAAUCGAGCGCAGGCAUCAAUUGGGAAAUUAGGGUUUCAUUUUCUUCUUCUUCGUUUUUCUUAUUACUCAAGCAAUUCGUUCUCUCGAACAUGGAACCGGAAGGGCAAAAGGGUACGGUGAACCCGUCGGCAAUGUUAGCUUCUCUGCUUAGUAGGAGAGCCAAACUUCACGAAGAUCUUCGCAGCAUUGAAAAGCAGGUGUAUGAUAUGGAGACAAGUUACUUACAGGAUCCUGGACAGUGUGGUAAUGUAUUAAAAGGAUUUGAAGGUUUCCUAUCUUCAUCGAAGAACACUGCACUCCUGAAGAGGUCUAGAAAGUUUCAACCUGAAGAUAGGCUCUUCUCAUUAUCUUCAGUGACCUCGCCAGCGGCAGAAGAUCUUGCAGCUGGACGAGAUGAUGGUAGACCAGAUUAUGGUCCUGGUCGUUCAAAAGGUGGAGGAAUUUAUGCUAAUGGACAGGGUAAACCAAAGAAAGGUAGAGGUGGGGCAAGAGAUGCCAAGAGAGCAAGGGCUUCAAGUGAACAAGAUUUUGAUUAUGAAGAUGAUCCUGACCUGACCUUGUGAUUGAAAAUGCCGCUCCAACCUUCUGUUGUAUUAUAAGGCACGGCACGGGUGACCUGUUGUAUUAUUGCAAGGCAGUCAGGAGAUACAGUAAAUGUUACUUUGCGGCUCGGCACGGGGGUUGUAUUAAACUUGUUUUUAAGGCACGGCACGGGUGUUGUAUUAAACUUGUUUUUUCUAGCAUGAUUUGAUAGUGUAGUGGCAAUGCUGUACAGAACAAGAAAAUAAAUUCAACUAAUUUUUGUUCCUAUGCUUAUAGAUUGAUGUUUCCUUC